GUUAUUAUAUUCAUUUGUUCCACAACGACCAACAGAACAGAGACAGAAAGUUCACAGGGAGCUGUAUGGACCUAUGAUGAUAAUAUUUACACUGAUUGCACUUCUCUUGUUCCAGAUGAAAACUGCAGAUCAUCGAGUGGAGGAAGGGACAUUAAUGGGUACAGCAUUCGGUGUAUGUUUUACGUACUGGUUUGGAGCGUCAGGUCUUGUCUGGGUUUUAACAUAUGUCUGUAAUACUCAUCUCACACUGAUACAGAUUUUAUCAAUGAUGGGCUAUGGUUUAGGCAGUCAUUGUGUUGUAAUAUUUUUAGGAACUAUUAUCCAUACUUCACAUGAUCAUCUCUUCUUUUAUGCUCUGUGGGCCAUAGUUGGUGGUCUAUCCACACUCAGAAUGGUGUCUAUAAUUUUAUCACGGACACAUGGACAGACACAGAGAAUGAUUGUGUGUGGUGCUGUGGCAGCUCUUAAUCUCUUAUUUCUACUUUAUUUACAUUUUGCUUAUCACCAGAUUGUGGAAGAUUUAUCUGAAGUGUUCCAUCAAAACCCUGUGAUGAUGGAGAAACCAGUGAUUAUACCUACAAAGGGAGUUAAUCCACCAACAGUUGCUGCAAAAAUGACUCACCAGGCUAAAAAAGUAAUUGAACCAAUGGCAGACACUGUUGUAAAAGCUGUUAACAAAACAGUCACUGCAGCAGUAAAACAAUUAGCCAAUCAGAAAGGUCCACUCCUGAAUGCUUUGAAAGAUGGUGUCAAAUUAGCCAAUGCAAAACCGGCUUAGUACUGUUUAAUUGUUUGGAGAAUGAAAUCCUGUCAGAGAGACUUCCAGUGUUACCACCAAGUGGAUGAUAUGAUGCAAUGUUAUGAUGUAAUAUUAUAUUGUACAACAUUUAAUAUGAUCAUUAACAAGAAAACUCUCCUAAAUAGUGAUGUGUGGGAUUGUUCAUACUGAUACUCUAUCUCCUCUUGUAAAAAUCUCCAGGAUAUGACAACAAUGGUUACCAUAGCAACAAAUGCUCAUCUUAGAGAUCUGGCAAGAUAUUCAAUGAAAGUCAUGUUCCUUGUAACAUUGACAAAAAAAGAGGAUGAGUAUGAAUAUUGCUGGAAGUAAAAGUGUUCAUAUGGAGGAAUAAUUCAUUUUGGGAUUAACCAUUGUUUAUUUAUAGCAUGUGAUGUGACAUGCUUUUUGAAUCUUUGAGUGCAUGCAAAUAUAGUUAACUGUUUGUAUGUCUGACAAAAAUGUGGGAGAAACGACCUUGACUACAAAUUUAGAUCAUUCACUUGGGUUCUAUUAAUAUAUCUCUAUCAUUUGUUAGUUUCUGUAAAUAUGUAGUUAUAUUUGGUUCAUUCAUAGAUGUUUAAUUGGUAUCAGAGAUGUUUAAUUGGUAUCAUGAGCUCAAGUUUGGAUUGAAUGGAUAUGUAAUUGAAUCAGUUUAACUAUAUAUAACUUUGCUGAAUUUGUGUCAUGUACUUUUCUUACCUUGAUUUAUUAACAGUCCACUUAAUGUGCACUAAUAUUAUAAGGUAAGGCAGUCAGCAGUAAAGUAUGAGAUGGCCCUGAUGGCAUGUUCAAUAUGUUGUGAUGUUUACAUUAAAACAAUGCAUAUUUA